AUCUUUCCCACUCUCAUAAUUUUCUUCUCUCUGCCAACGAGCUAUCUAUAUCCAUCCUUUGAUAUUAUUAUUCUCCACCAUAAUCAAAACCAACUUUUACAAAAAGAGAACGUGGAAUUAAACAUCAUCAAAGGCAGCCAUCCAUGGACUUCCAAUCAUCUCCUCUUCCUCCUCAUCAUCAUGUCUAUCUUGAUCCUCCUCCUCCUCAAUGGUCUCAGCAACAAGAAGGUGGUGGUGGUAGCUCCGAUGAAGUAAGCCAGCAACAACUCAUCCCUUCCAUCGUACAAGACCAUGGAUCGGCCCAGGGGAGACCACCUGGAUCCAUGGUGGUGCAGGCUCGUCUAGCCAAACUACCACCGCCGGAGGCUGCUUUGAAGUGUCCAAGGUGUGAAUCAACCAACACUAAGUUUUGUUACUUUAACAACUAUAGUCUCACUCAGCCCAGACACUUCUGCAAGACUUGUCGUCGCUAUUGGACACGUGGCGGCGCCUUGAGAAACGUGCCCGUUGGAGGCGGUUGCCGCCGCAACAAGAAGAUCAGUAAGAGGAAAAGGGGAUCAUCAAAAUCUCCAGUAAAGUUAGCAAACUCUCCUAUUAAUUCUAAACCUAUCUCAUGUGGGUCGGGUAAUUCUAUUUUCGAGAAUUUCCUUUGCCAAACUCAUCCAACCGCCCACUUGCCGAUUCUACCUAAUUUACCUCCGUUAAGUGAAUAUAGCCAGGCCGAUAUUUAUGGUCAGGCGGCUGCAGGACUUGGUGGUAUGGGAUCAGGUGCGCUAGGGCUUAUAUUAGGGAACAGAUCAUUCGAUGAACAACAACAGUGGAGGGGGGCUCAUCAUCAGUUUCCGUUCUUGGCAGGUUUAGAUCCGAAUCCACUUUCAAUAUCCACUACUACUUAUAACCCAUCUGAAACCGACGUUGUUGAUCAUCAUCCAUUAAUGAAAGUGGAAUUAGGAAGUAUGGGGGUAAAUUUAUCAAGAAAUUUGUUGGCAAGUAUAAAUGAUCAUGAAAAUAUUGGGAAUCAUGAUCAUCAGUAUUGGGCCGGCGGUGGUAAUCAUACUAAUAUUAUUGCAUCGUCUGCAUGGAUCGAUCAUCUCUCUGGUUUUGACACUUCUUCUUCUACACCUACUAGACAUCUACUGUGACAAGAUCUUCUUUCUCUCUCUACAAUAUUCCAUCAUUCAAUUCCUUUGUUUAAUUACUUACAUAAUAUGCAUGUGUGUGUGUGGUUUAUAUAUUCACAUCUUUGAAGACAUGAUUAUUUAAAUGUUUGUGUUUGUUUAAUGGACAUGCGCACAGUGUAAUAGAAACUAUAUACAUUUGUUAUCUCUUAA